GGAAUGAUAGUGCAGAGCCUGGGGACCGCCUCAUGCCUUACUGAUUUCUGCAGGCUCAAGAGUAAGCAGCUCUGUUCUCAAGCUAAGCUGCUCAGCAUGGAAAAUCACACAGAGCUGGUCUAUUGUAUAGUUCAGCUAGCCCGUUCUUCUCCUGAUGAUCUGAUAGCCUUUCUGCACUCUCAGCUGAAGAUUGAGAAUGAGGCUGUUCGUGUGGCAUCUCUGAAUCUGCUCAGAGCUAUUGUUGGUGCUGACUGUAAGUAACACAGGAGCAACUGUGCCAGCUGCCCUCUUGGCCGACAUGCUAAGGGUUGAGUUGGGGAUGUCCAGGGCAGGGCUGGCUUUAGGAAGUGCGGGGCCUGAUUUGUGGGGCUUGUACUCACCGGGCGGUGCCCUGAGACUUU